AUGGUUUUGUCCAAGGUCGCUUCCAUUGCUGGCCUUCUGGCCUCGGCGUCUCUCGUGGCGGGCCACGGCUACGUUUCAGGCAUUGUUGCUGAUGGGAAAUACUACGGAGGGUACCUUCAACCCCCCGACACAAUCGCCUGGUCCACCACCGCCACCGACCUCGGCUUUGUGGACGGCACCGGCUACCAGUCUGCGGAUAUUAUCUGCCACAAGAGCGCAAAGAAUGGCAAGUUGACCGCAACCGUUGCAGCUGGUUCACAGAUCGAAUUCCAGUGGACGACGUGGCCAGAGUCUCACCAUGGACCGUUGAUUACCUACCUCGCUCCGUGCAACGGCGACUGCGCCACCGUGGACAAGACCACCUUGAAGUUCGUCAAGAUCGCCGCUCAAGGCUUGGUCGACGGCUCCAGCCCACCUGGUAAAUGGGCUUCUGAUGAAAUGAUCGCCAACAACAACACGGCCACGGUGACCAUUCCUGCCUCCUAUGCCGCCGGAAACUACGUCCUCCGCCACGAGAUCAUCGGCCUUCACUCUGCGGGUAACCUGAACGGCGCUCAGAACUACCCCCAGUGCUUCAACAUCAAGAUCACCGGUGGCGGCAGUGCUCAGGGAUCUGGCACCGCUGGCACGUCCCUGUACAAGAACACUGAUUCUGGCAUCAAGUUUGACAUCUACUCGGGUCUGAGCGGUGGGUACCCUAUUCCUGGUCCUGCAUUGUUCAGCGCUUAA